ACUCUAGAAGUGCCCUGGACGCUAUCGUCAAAAACCCUUUCAGGGAUAAACUCCACAGUUCAAUAAUCUCUGAAAUUAAAAAUUGUUUGUUUUCAUGCUCGAAAAAGCAGAUCGACAUUAUCUUGGUAUGGAUUCCUGGCCACUCUGGCAUCAGAGGUAAUGAGAUUGCUGAUUCAUUGGCCAAAGCUGCAAUCUCCAGCAGCCUAGCCGACCUAAAACAUCACUCUGUCCAAACUUAUGAUUUACUCCAUCUUGCUAAGUCUAAUUUAAGUAAGUCAUGGCAAGCCUACUGGACAGAGUCCAGUAAGACGAAGGGAGGCUUAUAUGCUUCAAUCCAACCCACCGUUCCUACAAAACCAUGGUUUUUUAAAUUCAAAAAGAUUUCCAAACCUGUUAUAUCUGUGCUCUGUAGAGUUCGUUUAGGUCAUUGCUGUUCUCCGGUAUUUCUACAUAAAAUUAGAAUACGUGACAAUUCGUUGUGUGAAUGUGGUUUGGACGACGGCAGUAUAGAUCACAUUUUCCUCAAUUGUCGCUUGAACAACUCACUCAUAUGGGACCAAGUUAUUAGCGAACUGAAAAUUCAACGGCCGGUAAAUGUCCGUCACCUCCUCUCACUAUUCCCAGACUCCCGUAUUAUAAAUGCUUUUAUUAUGUUUAUAACUACUAACUCUAUAAAAUUAUAAUUAUAUGUAGUGCAUUAUUCUCUGUACAUAAUCUUUAUUAUAAUAUGUAAGUUUAUAGUAACAUUAAUUUUGUGUUAGUCCCAGGCAACAUUAUUAUUUCCAAAAUGGGAUACUUUUCAUAAUAAAAAGUGUAUUUAAAUAGCUCGACAAUGUUCCAUGUGUAGCCAUAACACGACACUGGCAGAAAUUGCUGAAAGUAGCAGCAGAUUGCCAUUAUAUAAAAAAAAAAAAAAAAAAAAUUUUACUAAGCAAUGAAUCUCUAAUAUAUUAAGUGUAUAAUCUAUGGCAAUGAAUGCUGUAAUUAAAUUUAAAAGCAUUUUAAUGUUAUAUUAAUGUUAUUUUCUUCUUAAUGUUAAAGAUUUUCAGCCCUUUACUCCGUUGUGUAUAUAAUAUAUGUCAUUUGCUUAUCGCACCAAUAAUUUUAAUUAAAAAAAAUGGAUAAAAAGAGACGAUAUUCAUCAAGUUCUGAUAGCGCUGAAGAUGACCGAAUUCAAGAUCUCAGAGAACGGGAUGAAUUCGCAAAAAGAUUAAAGAAACGAGACGAAGAAAAAAUUAGGAAAAUAACAGAGGGGAAAAAAUCAUACGAAGAGGCUGCAAAAAAGUUAAAAAUUGAAGCAGAAGACCGCGACAAGCUACUACCGAAACUUCGUGUACAGUCUCGUCGCAAAUAUUUAGAGAAAAGAAAAGACGACAAAGUUGUAGAAUUAGAAGCUGAUAUUGCCGACGACGAGUAUCUGUUUGAUGAGAGAAUCCUAACAAAAAGAGAAAAAGAAGAAAGGGAACACAAGAAAACUUUAUUACAAUUAGCUAAAGAACAUGAAAAAGCAAGAGAGUUAGAAAAUGUUCAAAGAUAUCAUAUGCCUCGGGACUUGGGGAAAGGGGAAAAAGGUGAAUAUGUUGAAGUUGAUGAAAAUGAGAGGUUGCCACAUUCUGAACAGCAAAAAUGGGAACAAGAACAAAUUAAAUCUGCUUUCUUUAAAUUUGGUGCAAAAGAUGCUAAAGCUACAAAUGAAUAUGAUUUAUUACUGGAUGAACAAAUUGAUUUCAUACAGGCUCUUAAAAUGGAAGGUUCUGAAGACAAAAAGGAAAAGUCAGAAAUAUCAGAAUAUCAAAAAAUUCGAAUGACCAUUGAAGAAACAAAAAAAUCACUUCCAAUAUAUGCGUUUAAACAAUCACUUAUUGAAGCCAUACAAAAUUAUCAAAUUCUAAUUGUAGAAGGUGAGACAGGAUCUGGCAAAACAACACAAAUACCUCAAUAUCUCCAUGAAGCUGGUUUCACUAAAGAUGGGAAAAAAAUUGGGUGUACACAACCUAGGAGAGUAGCUGCUAUGUCAGUUGCUGCAAGAGUUGCACAAGAAAUGAACGUAAAACUGGGAAAUGAAGUUGGUUAUAGUAUAAGAUUUGAAGAUUGCACAUCUGAUAGAACAGUAAUAAAGUACAUGACAGAUGGAACUCUUCAUAGAGAGUUUCUAUCAGAACCUGAUCUAGCCUCAUACAGUGUAAUGAUCAUUGAUGAAGCUCAUGAACGUACCUUACAUACAGAUAUAUUAUUUGGUCUUGUAAAAGAUAUAACCAGAUUUAGACCUGAUUUAAAAUUGCUUAUAUCCAGCGCAACAUUGGAUGCUGAGAAAUUUUCAACAUUCUUUGAAGAUGCCCCAAUUUUUAGAAUCCCGGGAAGGAGAUUUCCUGUGGACAUCUAUUACACAAAGGCACCCGAAGCAGAUUAUGUAGAUGCUUGUGUUGUAUCAGUAUUACAGAUUCAUGCCACACAACCUCUUGGUGAUAUAUUGGUUUUUUUAACAGGACAAGAAGAGAUUGAAACAUGUGUUGAAAUGUUACAAGAAAGGACGAAGCGUAUAGGCAAAAAACUGCGCGAGCUUUUAAUAUUACCAGUAUAUGCCAAUUUGCCUAGUGACAUGCAAGCUAAAAUCUUUGAACAAACUCCUGAAGGAGCUAGAAAAGUCGUUCUUGCUACAAAUAUAGCUGAAACUUCAUUGACAAUUGAUAAUAUUAUAUACGUAAUAGACCCAGGUUUUGCCAAACAAAACAACUUCAAUUCCAAGACUGGCAUGGAAAGUUUAAUUGUUGUUCCCAUUUCUAAAGCAUCAGCAAAUCAACGAGCUGGACGAGCCGGAAGGGUUGCUCCUGGAAAAUGUUUUAGAUUGUACACAGCCUGGGCAUAUAAAUAUGAAUUAGAAGAUAAUACUGUACCAGAAAUUCAGAGAAUAAAUUUAGGAAAUGCAGUUCUCACUUUAAAAGCUUUAGGCAUCAAUGAUCUAAUACAUUUUGAUUUUUUGGAUCCACCACCGCAUGAAACAUUAGUUUUGGCUUUAGAACAACUUUACGCUCUGGGUGCACUUAAUCAUCAUGGAGAGUUAACAAAAGCAGGCAGAAGGAUGGCUGAAUUUCCUACCGACCCCAUGCUCGCGAAAAUGUUGUUAGCUAGUGAAAAAUAUAAAUGUUCUGAAGAGGUUGUCACAAUUGCAGCAAUGCUAUCAGUAAAUAGCUCCGUCUUCUACCGGCCUAAAGAUAAAAUAAUCCAUGCAGAUACAGCAAGAAAAAAUUUCUUUCAUCACAAAGGAGAUCAUCUGACAAUUAUGAACUUAUACAAUCAGUGGGUUGCUUCAGAUUAUUCGGUGCAGUGGUGUUAUGAAAACUUCGUGCAGUAUAGAUCGAUGAAACGAGCUCGAGAUGUUCGUGAACAAUUAGUCAGCCUGAUGGAAAGGGUAGAAAUUGAAAUGGUUACAAGUUUAUCUGAUGAUACUAAUAUAAGAAAGGCUAUAACGUCUGGUUAUUUCUAUCAUAUAGCAAAAUUUUCAAAAGGUGGUCAUUAUAAAACUGUAAAACAUAAUCAGACAGUUAUGAUACAUCCUAAUAGUGCUCUAUUUGAAGACCUUCCACGAUGGGUGAUUUACCAUGAGCUUGUAUUUACAUCUAAAGAAUUUAUGAGACAAGUCACCGAAAUUGAGAGCAAAUGGCUACUGGAGGUAGCGCCUCAUUAUUACAAAUCAAAGGAAUUAGAAGAUUCAACAAAUAAGAAAAUGCCCAAAACAUUGGGGAAAUCUGCAAAAAAUUAGUAAAAAUUUGAUUACAGUAGAUUCAAUAAAAGUUUCCACUUUCUCCGUUUAUUGUUGAUCCUGUUCUUCGGUUUUCAUAACACGACAUUCCACUUUUUUUACACUUCCUUGUGAUUUAAAUGUAGAACCAAUGUUGGUAAUUCUUUAUGAUAAAAUCAUCUAUAAUUUGUUAAAAUUUAAAAUGAUGUCGCAGAUAUUUCAAGACACGUUUGUUUUAUGGCAAAUGUGCUCACGGUUCAUCUAUACCGAAGUCUAGACAAAACACAUCAUGAACGCCGGAACCUCCCUGGAAACUUUGUCUAUUUCUCAAUUUUAGUCAUUACGAAAAUCAUAAAUAUUUGCGGGUUUGAUUUUUACGGUGUUACCUAUUUCUUUUAUCGUGGACAUGAGAUUAGUAAGUCAGUAGAAAAAUUGUUACCUGCGGAUUUUUAACAGCGGCAGUCGCAUCGCUCAAUAAGAGUUCAUACUUUUAUCGAUUAAUAUUUUAUCGAUUUUUGCACCUUGCUGAAAGGACAUGAGCCCCUCAAGAAACAGGCAUGAAGAGUUUUUGCCAGAGCCAAAUAUGGUACGCGGCAAAUAUUACUCUGGAAAUGUACCGUGUAGUAGAUGAACGCAACGUUAGAUACCGAAUAGUAAUGAGGGGUAAAGGUAACGGAAUGAUCUCAAACAAUUCCUUAAAGCACUUUCAUGGAAUAAAACCCCACAAAACAGCGAGAAGGAACUAAAAUCCUUUGAGAUGCAACUUGUCCUGGGGUUGGUUUUUCAAAGAAAAUUUAAGGAAGUCAGCAGAUUGACUGUAGCCACUGAUGACCAAUUACCAUCAGAUGGGAAACAUGCAACUGGCCCCCACAGACAACCUGACAAAACUGAGUUUCAUGCUGGAUCUUCUCAUUGGGUUGUGAUUCUGAUCAAGUGAUAGAUUCAACAAAGGACUACUCUUGCUAUGUCGGAUGUUAGCAGAUUCAUUCAGGUUGAGCCUCGUGAGCUCACCCACCAGUCAAGAUGAAGCUGCUGUUUCUAAUUAUUAGUGUAAAUAUACACUUGUGCUGUCCAUGGAUUUCAACUACCAAUCAAUACCAGACCCUAAUUAUUAUGUUUUGUAAUAACAUGUACCAUUAGAUGAUUAAUAAUGUUAUCAGCGACAGUAUAAGCAGUGAAGAGUUGAAACAGCUUACAAUACUUUAAACGAGAAUUUUUUUUCUUGGAAAUAAUUAAAUUAAAACGUUAAACCUUAUUAGUUUUAAUUACGUCUACGACACAAAAACAAAAUAUGAUUUUGACUGGAUGAUGUUCUUACUUACUGUUAUUUUAGACCCCGGAUUAUCACGAAUAUUUGCUAGCGUGAUUCUUGGUAACGACCUCAACAUAGACAGUGAUUUCUCUGUUAUUUGCCGCGAACCCAUGCUGAGGAAUUUUAAUAUGAACGUAGAGAUGAAGAGAUUACAGGAGAGCUAACAUUAUUUUACUUUAUAUAAAAAGUGAAUUGUAACAAAUUAUAUAGAGCAAUGUAUUAGUAUUUAACUAAUAGAUGUAUUUGUAGAUUUCAGUAGGUACCUACAUAGAUUAUACACUUAAUAUAUUUCUGUCUAUGGAGUCUAGUAUAUAAUCUAUGGUCAUUGGUCACUCAUUUUUUUAACAAAAUGUUUUUUAUUUAUUUAUAGAUUAUUUUCUACUUUUUGUUAACUACAAAGGCUUUUAGAUAUUAUUACAUAUUUCUAAUAAAAUCUUAACAAAAAAAAUACCUUCCUUUAUACGCCAUUGGUAAAGGUUUGUUUUUCCUACCUAUUCACUGGUAGUCUAAAGCUAUUCCAGCUAGGCACGACAAAUAGGUGAUCUUACGAGCUCAAUCUUUAACACUCGCCCUAGCAAGAGCAGUAUUUCGCAGAAUCUACCACCGGAUCGGAAACGCAACAAACGGCCGGUUUGAUGAGAACGGUGUCCGGUGCGUGUGGUACUUAAAAGCACCGAUAGUGGAUUGGGUGGAUCCAAAAUGAGGUGUUUUGGGUGACAUCGACUGAUGAGUGGACUACUUCACGACCCGCUUCUUAAGUGCCGCCACCCACCUUGAGAAAUGACGUGUUCCCUCCUGGCUGAGCCUUUGCUCGCCCACCUAUCCAGUAAUCAUUCAAUCAUAAAAUAAAAAAAUAAAAACAUGA